AUGAAAACUGUUGCGUCUCUUCUUGCAAUAAUUGGAGUCUUACUCACCCGUUGGACUGACAUCCGAGGUGACGAAAGUAUGUGCUAUAAGUUCUGCUGUGAGGAUAAUUCAAACAUAAAUUUAACAAACUGUUGCAGUGAGGCAACUUCGCAUCUGUUACCUCCACGGUUUUACAGCUUUACGUGCGUGAGGCAGCUUCUUGAGCUCUGCGCUUCUUCUGUAAACGAUUCUAAGAUUGAUGUGGCAAAGCAGAAUUUACAACAAAAUUGCAGAAUCAAUUGUACUGAAAAUGUCCUUACUACCUCUCAGUCAACAAACAUUUCGGUUAACUGGAAGGAGCCAAAGUUUUGGCCGGAGGAUAAAGAAUUACCUAGUGCUUUCAAACACAGUUGGGAAAAACGCGGGGAAUUUAUUUUGCGGAUGAUGUCGCAUUUGUGCGUGAACACGGCCAAAGCGCCCUUAAACUGUUUGAUCACGUAUAAUUACCCUGUCUUUACUGGAGAGAAAAACUGCGAGAAAAAAACAUUUGUGUGUGGUUUAAACGCGCCACCAGCUUACUUAGUUAUGAAAGAAGGAAACAAUGAUAUCGUAACGGUGGUUUCCUAUUCUGCUGCCCAUCUCUGGCCAAUAAUUUGUAUCUGUGUCACUUGGACGUUGAUAUCAGGAGUUAUCAUAUGGCUGUUGGUAAGUUGAUCAGUCUCCCUCUCGAUAUACAAUGGGUAUUGAUCUGGUACUUGUUUUUACCUAUUUCAAAUCAUGUUCUAUUGUCUCAAUUGAGGCCCGAUAUUACUGUAUGAUAAAUCAAACUAUCGCCGAUCCUCAGCGUACUCAAGGAUGGUUUGGUAAGAAAAUGGCGUAGUAUAUUAAGGACUCACUGAACAUAUGCUACCCGUUUGGUCAUGACAUUUGCAUCCAAUCCAACCAUCGUGCCUCGGCGAUCUCCCUUAUCGAUUGCUCAACAACGUUUGUUCCGUUAUUCCUUCGCCAUAUAUUUUCAAUAAAUUCCAAUUCUACGAGGUUUUUGAAGAAAACGACAAAAGUUUUAAGUUUGUAAAACAUGUUUCGACAGAAACUUCUGUCAUCUUCAGUUGAUUACUAUACAAAGCGUUGAAGGUUGAAUUUAUAAUAAAUAGAGUGAUGCUUCCAAAGGGUCUUUGGAAACGUCCUUACAUGGUGUAAUUGUUGAUUCAAAGAGGGUUGUUCUCUUUGAAUAUGACUAGCCUCUUUUAUCUUGAGUUGAAAACCGGAGAGGCGUGAUCCAAAACAUGGAGGCUAUCUGCUGAACACAAAGCGCGACAAUGUUCAGAAUCUUGCAGAUGUUUGAAAAUGUGAGUGCUCUCUAACACGCGUGGAAAGAUGCCGACGGGCUCCGUUUACGUGUGGUUUAUAAGUUUGCAUGUGUUGGCUGUAAUGCCUGUUACCUCCGCGAAACGUGCCAUGUAAAUCUCAAACUAUCCUUUUAAUUAUCACACUUUCAUGCUUUACCUCCUUCUUGUUGUCACCAUUUCAUAAUUAGCAUUUUUCUAUCUAUAUAAAUUCAACUUCCAGUGACAGGGCCUCUCACAUUUUCAAACAUCAGCGAGAUUCUGAACAUUGUCGCGCUUUGAGUUCAGCAGAUAGCUCAUAUGUUUUAGAUCACGCCUUAAAAGACUUAAAAGUUUUGUCGCUUUCUUUAAGUUCUUGACUAGCCUGCUAAUAUCAAGACCCUUCAGAAACAUUUUUCUCUACGAGGUUUGCAUUCAAAAGCUAGCUUUCUCGACAAAGAAUCUUUCAAUUCAUCAGAGCUUACUUUUCGGUUUCAGGAUCGACGAAAAAACUCUGAGGAGUUUCCACGGUCCUUCUGGGAAGGCGUUCGCGAAGGAACGUGGUGGGCAGUGGUUACCAUGACUACUGUUGGGUUUGUGGAAAUCACCUACUCUAGAUAAUUCUAUCAUGCAAAUUUAUUCACUCAAGCGGCAAAAAUUGUAGGAUGACUGGUUGCUGAUGAUUACUUGAUUUAUCUUACUUUGGGCGUGUGAAGACCAGAUAACUAGAAUAUUUUCUUAAGGAUCAUUCUGGCCGGAUUUUAGAGAACUGCUGUAAUGCAUACCUAGAGAAACUGUACAAAAGUUAACUCUACUAUCUAAACAACUGUAUUUUUUUCCUUUCUUUUCAAGAUAUGGAGACAAGUCCCCCAAGUCUUCACUAGCUCGUAUUUAUGCUGCAGCUUGGAUGAUAAUCGGUAUGAUCAUUCUCUCCAUAUUCGCAGCUGAAGUUUCCUCCAUAUUGACAGCAAGUCAGACAAAACCUCACCAUUCUCUCCUGAAUCGAUCUGUAAUUAUAUCUUUAAAUCGUUAUUACUUUUUGUCUCAAUUGUCCUCGUGUAAAUGACAUGUAUGUUUAAUUUUGCAUAAUUUUGAAUCUCAAGCAUGAAAGGUACUGAAUAAUGCUUGCAAGAUGUUACAGGAUAUUAUGUUGAACUGUUCAAAUCGCACAAAAGGAAAAAAAAAUUUCAAAUAUUAGCGAAAGUCUCACGAUUAAUCCCCUGUAAAUUACAUUGCGACGUUUUUUGUGCAUGGUAUUAGGCUUUAUCGGGCGAUGAAGUCUUGAAUGUAAUGUUCAUUUUCAGCAAUAGCGACUUGCGCGAUAUGAUCCUCGUUGUUUCAGUUGGUCAGGUUGGACAAGCACCAAAACUUUUUUUCGGUUCUAGUUUUCAAAGAUGGGCUUCAUAUUUAGUAAACAAACCCCUCAGGUGGCUGGUAAAUCGACUGAUAAUGCCCGCCGCUGCGACAUUUUCCGAAAAAUGAAUAUUUGGCCGAGAAGCGAAGCUCAGGUCAAGAGACAAAACCAAAUAUGACCACCGACAGAAGUCGCUGUUCGACAAACAAGCUUUAUAAAUUACGCAAAGGUAAAACUUGAACAACUUUAAAAGAACUCAUAAUUAUAACAAAGCACCAAGCCGACAGACCAGCACGCCUGAACAGGUGUUAUUUAUUUUAGAACUCUUUUGCUAAUUUCCGUAUCCCGCUUUGACAGAAAAUUUUGUUGACUUUUUUUUGUACUGUCCGAAGCAGCAUUUCAAAUCAGCUUUUUUAAUGUCACUACCACCGGACUCUACAUAACGAGUUCGUUUUUUCCUCCAUAUAAAGUAAUGAUGAUGAAAAAGUGAAAUUCUUGAGGUGGCUUUUCUCCGCUGACUUUCGACGCACAUAUCAAACUCUUUCCCCAGUGCGACGAACAUUUGUUUUUCUCGGUUCCAGGUGUACGCAACCACUAACCCCACGUAAUACGCAUGCUCUCCGUUACGAAUUUUCAAAAUGGCGGACAGGUUAAAGAGGGAAAUUAAAAAACACAAAGCGAUUUUGCAAUGAAUUCUCAACAUACACCCUCGUUAGAAAGGCGAAUCCACGGAAGAAAGAUACAAAACUGUAUGAUAUUGAGAUCGAUAUGAUAUUAAAUCGAUAACGAGGGCCCGUUUCAUUGCCUUCCACCACGAUUAUUAGCUUUGUUGACAGCUUUCUGAAGGCAGAAUACUUUCUUUCUGAAGAUUUCAGAUAUGCGGCUAUUGAUUAUUACACCUCGUAUACCUGAUUGCUCAAACACUUUGUUUACGAUUGUUGAAAGGACCGACUCAUGGUUCUCCGUCUUCGUCUUGACAUUGCUUUGAAAUAGUAUAGACUAGUAAGCUGAAACGAAAAAUUAAUCAGGGAAGUUUACGAAAAAUCCAGCAAACAAGCUUUAAAAAGGCAUUUAUUCAUACUUCAUACUUCAAUGAACUUCACAAAUCUUACUUGUUUAUCUUGUAAGUAAACGAUGGCAGAUUAAUUCCCGAAGCGCUUUCUGAGUUUCCCGAUCCCUCUCCUACUGCUUUCACGCUUACAAAACAAGAAAAAUCAAAAGGAGGAAGAUACAGCUGUUUUGAAACGCCAUUUGACGAAGGUAAAUCUGCUUUUUGUUCGACACUUUACAUAUCAAAACAAAGGAAUUUGUUCCUCCUUUUGAUUCUGGCGGUACAUUUUUAAUUUGCGCCUGCGUAAAAGAGAUAUCGCCCGAGACCCUUCGCUCGGUCGUGUUUUGAUCAAAAACGCCUUGUUAAUUUCACGCAACCGCUCGGAGAAAAGGUAAAAAUGACGAGGGAAAAACUUUACCUUCAAGUCAGAAAAUUAGCGAAAUAGAAAGCCACAAUAUUAUAGUUUAAUAUUUCAGAGGUACAUUGAGUGCUUUUUCCGUAGAGAAUCCGCACGAUGGUAAAACAUUCGAAAAUUACACUCGAUUUGAGUGGGGUGUUGAAGUGGACGUGGUCACUACAUUCAUGUUAAGACUAUUUGUACCCCAUGAGUUUGAUAUGAAUAAUCGGAGGACAUAUAUCGACGUGAACAGGGGUUGUUGCUUGAUAAUUGUGAUGCUGAAAAUAUUUGGCGCAAUUCGAUCAAGAGAUUUAAUUCCCCAAGGUCUCCCCAAGGUCAGUCGGCCUAUAACCCAAACAUGUUCACUGAGAGAAUUCUUAAGGGUAUGCACUAUAAAGGCGAUUUAAUAGACCCGUAGUGGCAACAACAGUGGCAGCAAUAGGAGGCUAUAAAAGGCAAUACAAAAAAAGAAAAAGACGCAUAAGAAUCUUCGUACCUAUCGCUAGCGCGGGCUUGUUUCGAAGUUAAUUAGUUUCCCUGUUAACGACGCAACAACCUAAACUUUUCUACCCUUAUGCUCUCUUACAGAUCGGAGUCCCUAAUGGCAGCAAGCAGUACUUUCAGGAGGAGUUCAGAGGCGCAAAAAUCAUAGGUAAUUUAAACGGCCCCUUAUUGCAGCGAAAGAUCACGAUCCUGACCGAAAGCUGUACCUUAUUUUCAUUUUAUUUCUGUUGCUGUUGACAACUCAAGAAGAAUAAGCCUUCAACCUCAACUUAGAAAAAUUUGGGAUAUGCCAGCCUUUAAACCACAGAUUUGAUUGAAUUAGGGAGGGAAACCUGUUUCAGCACGUUCUUAAUGUAAAUUACAUUUUUGGUUUGUAAUCUAGUACAUCUCAUACAAUGAAGUAAUUUCUCAUUUUAAGAAUAAAUGAGGAGAUUUAACUGAAUUGGCUAAGUUUUCUCAAAAUGUGUGAGAAACAGCCUUUAGAAACGAGGGUCGGGUUAAGGCCGUCAAGGUGUUUGAAAACUAUAUAGUUUUAUAUUAGAGUUCUGUCCUGUAUUGUACUGUCAAUAACUAAAGAUGUUCUUAGCUUUUUCUUGCCUUGGCCUCACUGGCUCUGAUCCACACACUAAAUAAAAUGUCAUAAGCUGACGAUAUUUCACCAUAAAACCUGUCAACUGUGAUAUUAGGGUACGGCGCACUCUCUGCAUUUGCAACAUAGUCAAUGAUGCUCUCACAAAAUCUGGCAAGACCUGCAAGGAAAACAUCAAACAUGAAAGUAGCUACACUUUUCAGGGUCCAUCUAGUAAAUAAAUCUCUCCAAAGACCUGAAAUACAGUUCAAACGAUUUGGACAAUAGUAUAGGUGGAAAGAGGCAUUCAUGGAAAGUCAUCUGUCAAACUGAGUUUCAAUUUUCUAAGAAAAAAAAAGAUAAAAAGCAGACUGCUGCCACUAAAUGGUCAGUAGUAACCAACCCUUGCAUUAUGCAUGCAAAAAUGUGCAACAAUAUACUGCAAGUACAUCUUGAAGAGAAGCUUAAAGUAUGAGCUGAAAUCAAACUCCUUCUGAUUAUAGAACAAGCAAAUGUGCUGGUUCUUUGUAACUGAUUUGGCACAAAUGUUUCAACUUCAACCUUCUAGAACCACAUUUUUUGCAUUUUAAAUCUGAUGCAACAUGCUGCUGAUUGAACUCUAAUCUCCUCAGAGCCAUUGUCCUCUAGAUCCAUGUGAAGACAGAAAUGAUAUCGAAGAAAUUUAUGUGUGAUAUUCAAAACCGUUUUCUUUUUUGUUUCUACUUUUAAAUUUUUCUAGAGAUGAAUUCCUCGCAAGAUCUUGACACUCACUUGGCGAAUGGAAAUAAGCAACGAAUUGUGUAUUACAGCUGCAAGGCAGGCGAGGGUGUGGAUCGUGACAAGCAGAUUGUGAAGGCUCUGAAGCGCCACAUAAUUGGAACUGAAAUGAAGGUGAAUACCACAUGCCUCUACCUUGCAAAUGAAACAUUUCCAGUUCAGUCCCUUGUGCAGUGUGUUAAGAAUAAUGUGAAGAAACACGUUGAAGAUUGUGAUCCAUUUCAAGCUGAAAAAGCCAGUGAUUCGUUAAAGUACUGCGAUAUUAAGAUGGAUGAUUAUGGAAAGAUAAAAGACUUUCAAAAGGACGACACGGCUGCCAUCAUAAUUUAUGCCUCUGUGGGACUAGUAGCAGUGAUUUUUGUUGCUGGCAGUGCAUGGGAUUUGACAAAGACUCGUGAUCAACGGAAAAAGGAAGAAGGUACAGGUAUGUUGUAGACGAGUGAUAUGUCAGAAAUAAAAAUAGAAGUAAAGAAUAAUUCAAAUAAAGAUCAAAGGCUUAGGUUCGAUCAAAUUAUAAAGAGGUGGUCAUUAGCUAAUUUCUUGCUGAUUUCUUACUCAGAUACGAGGUCUAAUACAUUUGGGGGCUCGUUCGUGUUUACACGUGGAACAGAAAGAGGUAUAUGCAUGCUUAUCUUAAGGAUCAAGAUCCCUACUGAGAUCAUACCAUGCUUGACAGACCAUAUCCUUGUAGGCCAAAUAAGGAAGUGCGCAACCUUUCCCUCCUCUACUGGCAAGUACAUUUACUGCGCGCCUAAUCAACCUUUCUCCCUCUGAUUUCCCUUAUAGUUAGUGGAAAAUCAAGCGGUAGCAUCGGCUUGGAAACAUUCGAAGACCCGAUAGAGAUAUGUGUAACAAGGGGAGAGGAAUACAAAGACCGCUGA